AUGGGGCGGCUGGAGGCGCCGCUGGCGGCGCCGAUUCUGGAGUUCCUGCAGAGCCACCCGCGGACCAUCCUCAUCGGCCCGGGCGCGUUGGAUGGACCCCCGGCAUGCAGCGGCAGCGGCGGCGAGGCGGCUGGCGGGGACGAGGGGUGGGCGGGGCGCGUCCCGACGAUCAGCUUUGUGCACAUUCACAAAACGUCGGCCGAGGUUGCAAAGGAAGUGCAGGCCCGCGGCUUUGCCAUCCGCAACGGCCACUGCUACGCGCGGCGCCUUGUCGAGGCCCUGGCGCCCGCGAUCCUGCCACACCUGCGGCGCGGCGAGGGGCAGCAGCAGCAGCAGCCGCAGCCGCCGUCGCCGCCGCCGCCGCCGCAGCAGCAGCAGCAGCAGCAGCAGCAGGAGGAGGAGGAGGAGGGUGCGCUUUCGGAAGACGUCACACAGGGGGGCGCGGCGGAGGCGUUUAUUGAGGACGGGGUAGUAAGGAUCAGCCUGCUGCACUACAACUCGCCGGCCGAGGUGGACGGGCUGCUGGCGGCGCUGAGGGAUAUUUUGUAA